AUGGUUGCCCCGAAGUCGCUGGCGAUCGCCGCAAGCCUCCUGGGCUUGGCUGCUGCUGAAGACGCCUUAUACAGCAACAGGCUCUCAAAGCGGUUCAUCGACAGCGAAGGAAACUUUAAUAUAAGUUUCUAUCACAUCAACGACGUCCAUUCGCACCUGGAUGAGUUCUCGUCAAGCGGAACGGACUGCACAAAUCCGGCAAGAGGCUGUUAUGGUGGCUAUGCCCGAGUGAAGACAGUCGUCGAUGCGACUCGUCCAAGUCAUCCCGACUCACUUUUCUUGAACGUUGGAGAUGAAUUUCAGGGCACCCUCUACUACACCUUUUAUAAAGGCGAGAAGAUUGCGGAGACCAUCAACCAGUUGGGAUUUGAUGCCAUGACCCUUGGGAACCACGAGUUCGAUGGUGGCGAUGACCUCCUCGGUGACUUCCUGAAGAACUUGACGUUCCCCAUCGUGUCCGCCAAUAUCGUCUCUGAUAAUGAGAAGCUUAACUCAACCAUCAAGCCAUAUCACAUAUUCCCCCAGUAUGAGCUGGCUGUCAUUGGAGUUACGACCCAAGAGACCCCUGAUAUCAGCAAGCCUGGUGAAGGCACCACAUUCAGCGACCCCAUCGCGGCUGUUCAGAGCACAAUUGACCACAUCAAGAGCACCACCAAUAUUACUCGAAUUGCUGCCAUUACGCACAUUGGUUAUGAGUUAGACAUCAAGCUCGCACAGGAGACGUCGGGCCUCUAUCUCAUCAUGGGCGGUCACUCUCACACACUCCUACUGCCGGAAGGCCAGGAUGGCGCUCAAGGCACCUACCCCACCAUCGAAAAGAACAAGGACGGUGAUGAGGUCUUCAUCGUCACCGCAUACAGAUGGGGGGAGUACCUCGGCUAUAUUGAUGUCACCUAUGAUUCCGAGGGCAAGAUCCUCGCUUAUCAUGGCGCGCCGGUCCAUUUGACCAACACCACUGCCCAGGAUGAGGGCCUCGAGGCUCAAGUCAAAUCCUGGAGGGGUCCGUUCGAGGCGUUCGCUGCGGAGGAGGUUGGUGAGACGAACAUUGUGCUCGACCAGACCAAGUGCAGAACGGAAGAGUGUAUAUUAGGUGGUGUGAUGACAGAUGCCAUGUUGCAGUACCGCAUUGAUGGUGGAGGCGAGCCUGACUUCGCCUUGAUCAACGGGGGCGGUGUUCGAGCUACCAUUGAUCAGGGGAAGAUCACUCGCGGCGAGGUCCUGACUGCCUUUCCCUUCGGCAAUGCCGUUGUUGAGGUCACCUACAGUGGUGAGACGCUGUGGAAGAUCCUUGAGGGGUUGGUCUCCAUGGUAAAUCAGUUCAACCAAAAGAAGGUCGGCUCUUUCUUGCAAGUCAGCAAGAACAUAAAGGUGGAGUACAACCCCAACAACGAAGUUGGUAGCCGACUGGUCGCCGUGACUAUCGGUGGUGAGCCGCUCGACAACUCCAAGGAGUACAAGAUGGUCACGAUCGAUUUCUUGACCGGUGGCGGUGACAACUUCCUUGAAAAGGUUGAUGGUACCAUCCUCGAUCUCAUGGAAGAGGUCCUCACCUCGUACGUUCAGGCACAUUCACCAAUUCCGGCUGAUUACAGCGUAGCGGAAAGAAUCGUCAUCGUCGGUGGAAAGUCAGGCUCUGGUAAUGCAUCUGCCACAACGACAACUGGUGCACCUACCUCAACCCCCACUGGCAGUGGAGCAGAGCGGGUCAGCUCGGUCUGCUCUCUCUUGGCGUUGGCUGCUUCGGCCGGAUUGCUUCUUACAAUGAUGUCCUAA